AUUUUUUACUUAGCUGAGUUUUCUCCUCAUUGCUAUUAGCGGCCUCGAAGUAAAAAACAAUACUUCCGGUGACAGCUCUAUAUUUGUAAACAAAUCGUCUGCUCGGUUAUUCAAUGCAAUAUGGAGGCUGUGAAAGUGCGAAAACCAAAUUGGACUGAAAAAGAACGUUUGCUGCUGGUGGAGUCAGUCCGCAAUAGAGAGGAUCGCCUCUUUGGAAAGAUGAAAGGUACUGGCUGCACGAAACACAGUAAACUGAAGGAAAUUGCCUGGGAGGAGGUUGCCCAGUCUGUAAACGCACAAUCAUGUACCAUCUCUAGAACAGUUGAAGAAAUCAUUGACAAGAAGCAGUAUGCUAAUAUCAAACAAAGAGCAAAGGAAAAGGCAGAUGCUUUACGGAGACCUGCCACUGGCGGAGGACCAAAACCACCCUCGCCAUCCCCAGUUGAGGCAGAGUUUUUGAGUGGAAUGGGGGACAGGCCCACACUGAGUGGACUAGCCUCAGGCUAUGACACAGAAGAAGUGCAAAUAGAACUCGUACCAGAGUUUAAUAGCGACAGCAACAUUGUCCCUUCCAGUAAUGACACUGAUACAGCUUGUACCAAUGCAGUAAAUUACCAGCUAAUUGACCUGCCGGUAGUGACGACUUCCACUGGUCAGAGGACAUCAAAAAGAAGAAAAACAAUGGAGGAUGAAGAAAUUUUGACUCUUCAUGCAGAAAGGGAAAAGUAAAUUCAGGAGGCUGCAUUUUAUAAAACAAAAACAAAGUACAUUAACUUAAAACUCAAACAGUUAGAAAAAAGUGCUCGUAAUUUUGAACAGUAGGCUAAUUUAAAUUGGUAUUAAGUUGAAUAUUGGCUCAAGUGAGCUUUUCUGAUCAAAGUUUUUCUGGCAUCUGUCGUGGUUGACAGGAUUUAAACCUGUGACCACCCAAAU